AUGGUUUACAAACGUGCGAGUAAUUUACAAGAAGAGAAGGAAGUCAGACAAGUAGCCGAUUAUUAUGAUUCAAGCGACGAAGAGGAUCUGAGAAAUACUAUUGGUAAUAUUCCGGUUGCAUGGUAUGAUGGUUUGGAUCAUUUUGGAUAUGACAAAGAUGGAAAUCCAAUCAAAUCUGCCAAGAAAAAAGAUGAAAUUGAGGAAUUUCUUGAUCGAAUGGAUGAUCCAAAUUACUGGCGAAAAGUUUAUGAUCAACAAAGUGGUGGUUUUGUGACUCUAAGUGAUGAACAAGUGGAACAACUUAAUGCUUUAAAUGCGUCUAAAUAUCCAACAAUAGGGUAUAACCCAUAUCAACCAUUUCUGGAUAUUUUCUCAUCCCAAACAGAAAUUCAUCCGAUAUCAAAUCGACCAGAUUCCAAAUCUUCAUUCAUACCAUCAAUACAUGAAAGGCGUAUUGUUGGAAAGAUGAUUCAUGCUAUCAAAAUGGGUUGGGUUCGACCACCAAAGCCGAAAAACGCCAAGAAAGUGAUUUAUGACCUUUGGGCAGACGAACCAUCAAAGCAGAAAACUAAAAGUGAAUUGGCUAGAAUAAAAAUGCAUUUUCCUGCACCAAAAGUUGCAUUACCUGGGCAUGCUGAAAGUUAUAAUCCUCCUGAAGAGUACUUGUUUGAUGAAGAAGAACAGAAGAAAUGGGAAGAAACUGAACCAGAAGAUCGUCGAUUAGAUUUUAUUCCCAAGAAAUUCGAUUGUUUGCGGAAAGUUCCAGCUUAUGAUAGGUUUUAUAAUGAUCGGUAUCAGCGUUGCCUUGACUUAUAUUUGGCUCCUCGACAAAGAAAGAUGAAGCUGAAUGUUGACCCUGCGCAGCUGCUUCCGGAACUUCCUAAUCUGGCGGAUAUGCAUCCUUUCCCUACAGUGCUCAGUUUUUAUAUGUAUGGUCAUAUUGGACAAGUGAGAAGUAUAUCAUUCGAAUAUGAAUCAACAGAGAUAUUCGCAUCAGGAGGUGAAGAUUCAACUCUCAGAAUUUGGUCUGUAUGUGAUGGAAGAUGUCUAAAAACAACGAGCUUGGAAGGUCCUGUAACAAGCGUAGCAUAUUGCCCUCUUAUGAAAUGGACUCUUUUGGCUGUAACUAUGGAAUCAAAUAAAAUGAUAUUAAUGAAUUCUCACUGUGGAGAUCGUCAUCGUAUUUCAUCUACAACAGAAUAUUUAUCAUCACUUAAUCCUGAUUUAUCUGGAAAUAAUGGACUAAAAUGGAAACAUGAGGGAAAAGAUAGGAUAUCAGUCGAUAUUGGACAUGUGGCUCGUCAAGUAGUAUGGCAUCAUAAAGGAGAUUAUUUUGCUACGUUUGCAGUUUCAAAAUCACCAAAACUUAUUUUUAUACAUCAGCUUUCUAAAUGCAUGUCUCAGAGGCCUUUUUCUCGUCUAAAAGGCAUAAUGACGGCUUUAUCAUUUCAUCCACAAAAGCCAUUCUUGUUUGUUGGAACGCAGCGGCAUAUUCGUAUCUACGAUUUAGCCAAGUGUCAACUUAAAAAAAAGAUUAUGACGGGUUCACAAUGGGUGAGCUCCAUGCACAUUGACUUUCAAGGAGAAAAUGUAUUUGUUGGCGGUCACGAUAGGACGUUCUCAUGGAUCGACUUGCAACUGAGUAGUAAACCGUGGAAAACCGUUAAACACCAUUCAGCUGCUAUUCGUGCAAUUGCUCAACAUCCAAGGUAUCCGUUGUUAGCAACUGUAUCAGACGAUUCAACAGCAGUUAUUUACUAUGCUAGAAUUAGUAGUGAUCCCUUCAAAGAAAAUGAAUUCGUGCCAGUACGUAGACUGCGUGUUCGAACCACGCAUAAAAACAGUCUAUCGAUUCUAUCUGUAGUUUUUCAUCCUUCUCAACCAUGGCUUAUCACUGCUCAAGCUGAUGGCUCUAUUGCAUUAUUCACCUGA